AAUACACUACCAAAUUUUUUCCCAAAAGACUAGAAGAAGUUGGAGCCAACAAUAGUUUGUUUAAAGCUCAUUUAAGGUGAUGUAGCAGGAACAAGUGGAAGUGCAAGACAUGUGGAGAUGAAGGAGGGUACAAAUAGAAUAAACAUUUGGUAUACUCUUAACAUUUUUGAACAAAUUUUAUUGGGGAAAGAAACAAGGAAUUGAAGGGAAAAAAAAGGAAUUGCAACAAAAAGCAUCUCACGGUUUUCUCAGCCCACAGCGCACGAGCUUGAGAAAUCACAAGUCAACCGACAUGGGUUCUUCUGGGAUCUGAGAAGAAUAUCUCGCGGCAGCCAUCGGAGCGAGCGGAGCAGAGCGCAGCUUCACCACCACCACCACCGCUCAAAAUUUGAUUUGGGUUCUGCUUCAUCCCCCCAAAUUGAGGAUCUUGAAUCUUGAUUGAUGCCGCAGAAAUGGGGAUCUGUUUCAGCAAGAAGAAGUUAAGACAAGAUGGUAAUCGUAAUGGGGAUAGGAUUGGAAGGGGAGGAGCUGCUGCUGCUGGGUACCAGCCAGUGAGUGAAAGCCCGCAUCAAAAGGAGCCACAAGCUUAUCCGCAAUCCCAGACACAACAACCCCAAAGGUCCCACAAUCCCCCUCCGUCCUAUACUGCCCCUGUUCAUGUCCCUGCAAAGCCCUCGCAACCGUCACAACCUCCUCCGGUUGUUAGGGAUCCUGUUCAGAGAACAGAACCAAACAGCAUAUUGGGGAAACCGUUUGUGGACAUUAAGGCUCGCUACACUCUUGGGAAGGAAUUGGGGAGGGGCCAGUUUGGGGUGACUUACCUGUGCACUGAGAAUUCCACGAGGCGAGUGUAUGCUUGCAAGUCCAUCUUGAAAAGGAAGCUUGUGAGUAAGAAUGAUAAGGAAGACAUGAAAAGAGAGAUUCUUAUAAUGCAGCACUUGAGUGGGCAACCUAAUAUCGUGGAGUUCAAUGGUGCUUUUGAGGACAGGCAGUCGGUGCACCUUGUGAUGGAACUAUGUGCCGGUGGGGAGCUGUUUGAUAGAAUCAUUGCUCGUGGGCAUUAUACCGAGAGGGCGGCUGCGGAUUUGAUUAGACAGAUUGUGAAUGUGGUCUACAUUUGCCAUUUCAUGGGCGUUAUGCACAGGGAUCUCAAGCCGGAGAAUUUCUUGCUAAGUAGCAAGGAUGAGAAUGCCAUGCUCAAGGCAACUGACUUUGGACUCUCUGUAUUCCUUGAAGAAGGAAAAGUUUAUCGGGACAUAGUUGGGAGUGCGUACUAUGUUGCUCCUGAGGUUUUGCGGCGUAGUUAUGGGAAGGAAGCGGAUGUGUGGAGUGCAGGCGUGAUUUUAUAUAUUCUUCUUAGUGGUGUGCCUCCAUUUUGGGCUGAAACGGAGAAGGGAAUAUUUGAUUGCAUACUAAAAGGAGAAAUUGAUUUUGAGAGUGAUCCAUGGCCGGCAAUAUCAAGUGGUGCCAAGGACUUGGUUAAAAAAAUGCUUACGCUGGAUCCAAGAAGCAGAAUUACUUCUGCACAAGUUCUUGAGCACCCAUGGCUUAGAGAAGGUGGAGAAGCUUCCGACAAGCCGAUUGAUAGUGCUGUACUUUCCAGGAUGAAGCAAUUCAGGGCAAUGAACAAGCUCAAGCAACUUGCACUAAAGGUGAUCGCUGAGAAUUUGUCUGAAGAAGAGAUAAAAGGACUAAAAGCAAUGUUUGCAAACAUUGAUACAGACAAUAGUGGCACUAUUACAUACGAAGAGUUGAAAUCUGGAUUGACCAGGCUCGGUUCCAAAUUGUCCGAAACUGAAGUCAAGCAACUCAUGGAAGCUGCUGAUGUUGAUGGAAAUGGAACGAUUGACUAUAUUGAGUUCAUCACUGCAACAAUGCACAGACAUAGGCUUGAAAGAGACGAGCAUCUCUACAAAGCAUUCCAACAUUUUGACAAGGAUAAUAGUGGAUUCAUUACAAGAGAUGAACUCAAAAGUGCUAUGAAGGAGUAUGGUAUGUGCGAUGAGGCUACGAUCGAAGAUAUCAUUGCUGAGGUGGACUCAGAUAAUGACGGGCGGAUCAAUUACGACGAAUUUUGUGCAAUGAUGAGAGGUGGAAUGCAACCACAAACGAAGCUUUUUUAAUGCGCCGAGGCAAGAAUUUAAUUUCCAUUACAUUUGAUGAAUUUCAUGUUUUUCUUUUCUUUUUUUUCUUUAUUAGUUCUUUCUUUGAAUUCGUUUCUCGACUUUUUUCGGUGGGUGAUGUGAGAUGAAAACUGGAGUACACUUAGGCACUGUGGUGUAAAUUGUUGCAUUUUCUGAGCAUUAUCAUGUAGUGUGUGCAUAUAUUAUUACCUAUGUCCUAGUUUCAUUCUUCUUUUGUAACUUUAAUGUAAUCUGGUCUGAAAUAAUCUCACCUUUGUAUGAGAUCUGUUUGGAUAAGGGGGAUUCAAUAACUCAGAUUCUCAGAAUGUCAUUGAAAUAAAGAAUCUAUGCAAGUUUUGAGAUGCCUUUGUUUAGUGAGAUGCCAAACAGACCUUUCAAUAUCAGUCAAGCAUUGGGAAUGCAACAUUGGAGGGUUUUACACUAUUUGUACACUCUCAUUUGAUUAUUGUUUGUUUGUUAUUUAUAUAAAAAUGAGGAAAAAUAAAAUCAUAUUGUAGCAGGAGUUAAGCAAGAAUAUACUUUAUGUGAUACUCCCCCCGUAUUAUUAUUCUAUCGAGCAGCAAAGGCGCUGCACAGUUAACAAGACAAGAAGAGUCACGGGGUAAGAUGGUGUAGCAUUAGACCUCUGCAAAUACCAGGUCUAAAGAGGGCAGGAGGCCGGCCCUCGGGUAUAGGAUUGAGGAUUUACCUAAAUAGUACUAAAUAUAACGACUUUACUAAU